AUGCAGGUCACCAGAAGAGGAGAGAUGGAACAGGAUAGAAGUGCGACUAUAGAGGACGAAGGGUCCGGACCAACAGCACCUGAGACUGAGCCUAGUGAGCCUUCUGUUCCGGAGGCGCAUGAGUCUGCUGAGAAUCUGCAUAUUCAAAUGAUUCGAGAGUACCAGCAACGUCUUGUUGAGCAAAACAGGGUACAUAAGCAAUCUGUGGAUGAGGCACGGAAACGUUUACAGGAAUACCAAAUGCUGUUGAAGAAGCGAUAUCCACACUUGUCAAUAUCUCACCAAAGGACGCCUGAUAGUAGUAUGCAAAGCCCAAAGCCACAAUUCAUAGAGUAUCCACCUUCAUCUCCUCCUCCUGCAAAUGUGAUUAUGUCUACUUUUAGGAAUGAGUUACUUAAAAAUCCAGUUACCAUUAAGCAUAACUCAGAACAACAGCACAAACCAACUAUUUCUCAAACUUCCGGGGCCCCAGAGCCGGAACAGAUGAGUUCAAGGAACGGGAGCGCACUGCAGGUUCCAGUGUUGACAGGUCCUAAAUUGCCUGGUGACUUCUUACCCCAAGGUGGUAUGGACUGCAGCAGGCUUGCUGAUAGCAUCAGGAAUCUAGGGGGUGCUAGUCCCUUAGAGAGCGAUAUUGGGGAGGAAAGAAGUCUCCAGGAGAAUUUACCUCAGACGUGUUUUCCUUAUCAAAGUCCAAAUCAGAAUGAUACUAGAUUUCCAUAUGCUGAUGCUGUGUGUGAGAAACAGUCAACUUCAUCUAGCCCUGGAGAUUAUGACACAUCGUCUAGCACAACAUACCAUCCAUUGCCUUCAGAACUUUCUUUAGGUCUACCACAAAUUGACCUCCCUGAUCCAGCUAUCCCUUUGCAAGUGCCCAGAUUACAUGUGAUUGAGGACCAGCCAUUAGGAGAUUUUUCCAAUGUACGUGAGUUCAGAGAAAGACUCCUCUCCUCCACUGUGGGGAUCAGAGCUCAGCAAGACCAUCUGAAGGCCAUGCAAGAUCAGCUAGACAAGCAGAGGGAUUCUUUACUGUUCAAGCAAAAGAGCCAGGAAGAGCAUCUCCUUCAGAAACAGAAGCAAUUGGAAGAGCAAAUAAGA